AUGAAUCCCGCAACAAGUUAUCCCAUGGCUUCACUGUACGUCGGUGAUUUACAUCCUGAUGUUACAGAGGCCAUGUUGUUCGAGAAAUUCUCAACUUGUGGCCCGGUCUUGUCUAUUCGUGUGUGCAGAGACAUGAUCACCAGACGGUCUUUGGGGUAUGCCUAUGUCAAUUUCCAACAACCCCAUGAUGCUGAGCGAGCUAUGGACACAAUGAAUUUCGACACAAUUAAAGGUCGUCCCAUCAGAAUUAUGUGGUCUCAGAGAGACCCCUCACUUCGCAAAUCUGGCGUCGGCAAUGUGUUUAUCAAGAAUUUGGACAAAAGCAUUGACAAUAAAGCUCUCUACGACACAUUUUCAGCCUUUGGCAACAUAUUGUCUUGUAAGAUUGCUUGUGAUGAACAUGGGUCUAAGGGCUAUGGUUUUGUCCAUUUUGAAACUGAAGAGGCUGCCAGACAGUCCAUUGAAAAGGUCAAUGGCAUGUUGUUGAACGGCAAGAAAGUAUAUGUGGGUCGAUUCAUUCCUCGCAAAGAAAGGAUCAUGUUGAUGGGUGACAAACAGCGCAAGUACAACAAUGUGUACAUCAAAAACUUUGGCGAAGAGCUGGAUGAUGGAAAACUAAGGGAGCUGUUUGAAAAUUAUGGCAAGAUCAUAAGUGCAAAAGUCAUGUACGAUGGUACUGGCAAAUCUCGUGGUUUUGGUUUCGUCAGCUUUGAAGAACCUGAGGCUGCUGAAAAGGCUGUCACCCUUCUCAAUGGAAGCGAUUUGGGCGGUAAACUGUUGUACUGUGGUCGUGCUCAAAAGAAGACCGAACGUCAAGCAGAGCUCAAGGAGAAGUUUGAGAAAAUCAAGCUGGAGAGAAUCAACCGCUAUCAGGGUGUGAACUUGUAUGUAAAGAACUUGGAUGAUGGUGUUGAUGAUGAGAGGUUACGCAAGGAGUUCUCCCAGUUUGGAACCAUCACUAGUGCCAAGGUGAUGGGAGAGGGUGGCAGGUCCAGAGGUUUUGGUUUUGUCUGCUUCAGCUCACCAGAGGAAGCUACCAAGGCUGUGACUGAAAUGAACGGGCGUAUCAUCGUGGCCAAGCCUCUGUACGUGGCACUUGCUCAGCGCAAGGAGGACCGGCGUGCACACUUAGCCAGCCAGCACAUUCAACGGUUGGCCUCUAUGCGACAACCGAACAUACAGUACGGUUCUAUGUUCAACGCUGGAGGAGCAGGCUACUUUGUUCCCACAAUGCCCCAAGCUCAGAGAGGAUUUUUCACCCCAGCCAAUGUGCCACAAAUCAGACAAGCACGUACUCCUUGGGCUCCAGGUGUUAGACCCAACCAGGCUCCAGGAUUUCAGACAAUGCCUAACCAAAUCCGAACUCGGCCCCCUGCUGCUCAAACCCAGAUGAGACCAACUGCUAUCAAUUCCCGACCAAUCACAGGCCAGCCAAUAGCUGCAGCACGUGGUGUGCCGAUUGCCGGAGUUGCACGUCCGCCAGGGGUUUCAAUGGCUGAUGCAGGGUCUCGUGCGGCUGUUUAUCAACCAGGUCCACGCCAGAUGCCUGGGCAGCCUGGUCGUCCAAUGCCACAGCCCCAGCAGUCUGUGGUGAUAGCAGGACAAGAUCCACUGACUGCCAGUAUGUUGGCUGCAGCUCCACCGCAGGAGCAGAAGCAAAUGCUGGGUGAAAGGCUCUUCCCGCUGAUCCAGCACAUGUACCCAGAGCUGGCUGGAAAGAUCACUGGCAUGCUCUUGGAGAUUGACAACUCCGAGCUGCUCCACAUGUUGGAGUCCCAGGAGUCUCUUAAACUCAAGGUGGAGGAAGCUGUUGCUGUACUGCAGGCUCACCAAGCCAAAGAGUCUGCUACCAAGAAAGAAUAG